AUGCGUGUUCAUCAUGUUCUGCUCAUGGCUGUAUUCGUCAUACUCGUCUGCAACUACUCGGUCUUGGGGUCCACUACCAGGCUGCGAUCCCCCAAAUCUCCAAUCAACUCACCCGAUCCUGCUGACGCGUUCAUCAACGGUCAACGAAUGCUUCGAGAGGAUACAACACCGCAAGGGACAAUCGACAGGGACGGCGAAGAGAGGGGAGCAGUCGCAGAUAUGCGUAACAAGCUGGGUAAUAAAAUGUCGGUCUGGUUAACAAACAGGAAAAUCGCGACAGCUGAGAAAGCUGAGCAAAAAGCGCUUAUGGCAGCGGAAAAAGCCGCAGACAAAGCAUAUAUAGCAGCCGAGAAAGCGAAGAACCUGAAGAACAUGAAAUUCGCGAAAGAGCAAGUACGCUUGAAAAACCUUGACGCCGCUGCGGAGAAUUUGUUUAAUGCUGGUAUCACUCCUGAAUAUCUCCAUGUUUGGUUUCGUCUCGACAAGACAAAGAAUCAGUGGAUGUCUAAGAGUCCAAGCAGCCCACUCUACUAUGUUCCGACACCACAAUAUCAGCUUUGGGAAAAGCUUACCGAGACAACACAGCGUUUAAGCUCAACCAAACACAGCGUUUAA